CGCCGCCGCGGCGUCGCGGCAGCGGCGCUCGGGCGCGCGAGGGCCGGCGGGGCCCGUGGGGCUGCACGCCGCGCUCUGCGCCGCCACGGGCAGUGGGGGCCUCGGGUGCUCGCGGGUGCAGCUGCUGCCCCGUCCAGAUGGGCCACGGUCACGCUCGACGGUUGCGCGUCGCGCCUAUCGCUUCACCAAAGAGACAAUGGAGGCGGUGAUGAUGGCCCAGGCCGAAUCGCGCCGACUAGGGCAGAGCCACGUCGGCACCGAGAUGCUGGUAGUGGGCGUGGCCUCAGAAGGCACCGACGCGGGCAGCCGCGCGCUGGCGGGCCUCGGCGUGGGCCUCCUGGAGGCCCGCGCGGUGCUGGAGGAGGUCGUCGGCAACAGGAGAGAAGGCAGAACGCCCCUGAUCCAGUUCACCAUCGCCGCCAAGAAGGUGCUCGAGGAUUCAAUUCAGUGCGCAAGCAGGCAGGGCAGAUCUUUCGUGGGCACCUCGCACUUGCUGCGGGCCAUCCUGGACCAGGAGGAGCCCGACACUGGGACAAAUCUUCUGGGCCGGUUGCUGGGGUGCGACACCGUAGAGGCUACGCGCAAGAAGCUGAUAGGCGCACUGGAGAGAGAAGAGGCCACGCGCAAGAAGCUGGUAGGCGCACGAGAGCGCAAGGAAAGUGUCGAGAAGACCAGCGCCAGCGGCAGUGUCGCGCCGGUCCAGGGGGACGUGGACCUGACCCAGACGCUGAAGUACGGCAAGGACCUCACCGAGGCAGCUCGCGAGGGCAAGAUGGACCCGCUCAUCGGCCGUGAGGAGGAGCUCAAGCGCACCAUCCGCAUCCUGGGCCGCCGCUCGAAGAACAACCCGGUGCUCGUCGGGGAGGCCGGCGUCGGCAAGACCUCCAUCGCGGAGGGCCUGGCGCAGCGCAUCGCCGCGGGCCGCGUGCCGGCGACGCUGAAGGGGAAGCGCGUCGUGCAGCUCGACAUUGCGCUGCUGCUGGCCGGCACCCGCUACAGGGGCGACUUCGAGGAGCGCCUGCGGGCGGUCGUCAAGGAGGUGUCGGAGAGCAACCGCCGCGUCAUCCUCGUCAUCGACGAGGUGCACACGCUGGUGGGCUCGGGGGGCAACGGCGACGAGGGCGGCGGCAUGGAUGCUGCCAACCUCCUGAAGCCAGCCCUGGCGCGCGGCGAGCUGCAGUGCAUCGGCGCCACCACCCUGGACGAGUACCGCAAGUACAUCGAGAAGGACCCCGCCCUGGAGCGCCGCUUCCAGCCCGUGACCGUGCCCGAGCCUACGCAGGAGGAGGCGGUGCGCAUCCUGGAGGGCCUGGCCUCGAAGUACGAGCGCCACCACGAGCUGCGCUACACCCAGGGGGCCCUCGCUGCGGCGGUGAAGCUGGCCUCGCAGUACAUUCCCGACCGCUUCCUGCCCGACAAGGCCAUCGACGUCAUGGACGAGGCCGGGUCCAAGGUCCGGCAGCAGCUCUACGAGGACGCGGAGGACGACCAGACGGCCGCGGAGCUCUGGGAGGCCAGCCAGGAGCUCAAGGCGGUGAAGGCGCAGAAGAAGGUGGCCGUCGUCUCCGAGCGGUUCGACGAGGCGCAGCAGCUGAAGGUGCGGGAGGCGGAGCUCAUCGAGCGCCUGAGCUACCUGCAGGACCUCCGCGGCGGCGGCACCGCGCCCGGCACGCAGGCGCUCCUGGAGGAGCUGCGCGGCCUGAAGGCGCAGGUGCAGGAGCUCGUGGACGCGGAGCGCUUCGGCGAGGCGCACGAGCUGAAGGCGCGCGAGCGGGACAUCUCGGAGCGCAUUUCGAGGAUCGAGGGCGUCGACAGCGCCAUCGCCCGGGUCGACCGCCCCGUCACGGAGAAGGACAUGGCCGAGGUGGUCGCCAGCUGGACCGGCAUCGCCGUGGAGCAGGUCGGGGCGAGCGAGUCCAAGAAGCUGAUGGGCCUGGAGAAGGCGCUCCACAAGACCAUCAUCGGCCAGGACGAGGCCGUCGACGCCGUCGCGAGGGCGCUGCGGCGCGCGCGGGCCGGGCUGCGGAACCCAGACAGACCGAUGGCCAGUUUCAUCUUCUGCGGGCCCACAGGCGUUGGCAAGACCCACGUGUGCAAGACCUUGGCGUCGACGUUCUUUGGCUCGACGGACUCCAUGAUUCGCCUGGACAUGAGCGAGUUCAUGGAGAAGCACACAGUGUCGAAAAUCAUCGGGGCGCCGCCGGGCUAUGUGGGCUACAAUGACGGCGGCACCGUGACGGAGGCCGUGAGGCGGCGCCCGUAUUCGCUGCUUCUCUUCGACGAGGUGGAGAAGGCGCACCCCGACGUCUUCAACAUCAUGCUGCAGCUGCUGGACGACGGGCGGCUGACCGACUCGAAGGGACGCACCGUGUCCUUCGCCAACACGCUGGUCGUCAUGACAUCCAACCUGGGCAGCCGGGCCGUGCAGAAGGGCGCCAGGGGGGGCUUCGGCCUCGGGGGAGUGAUGGACGACGAGGAGGAGGAGAGCUACGCGGCCAUGAAGGAGAUCGUGAUGGAGGACAUGAAGUCUUUCUUCCGGCCAGAGUUCAUCAACCGGCUGGACGAGGUGGUCGUAUUCAGGUCUCUGACCAAGGACAACCUGCGCGCCAUCGCCGAGAACGAGUUCCAGCAGGUGCUCGCCCGCCUCAGCGAGAGUGACCUCGACGUCGUGCUCACUCAGGCUGGCCCGUCCUCCCGAACCUGUUUCGACGAUCGGAGUCCUCUCCCCUUCUCCCAGACUUCCGAUGGGUUGGUCUGUUCAACCCGCGGGCCACAGGAGUCUCGACUCGACUCCCGAUCCAUGCUUGGUGCUCUGGGGCCUGGUAAAGACGGGCGAAAGCUGUCCGUCCUGUUUUCUUCGCGGCGCAAGGGGGGUAGAGGUCAGGAGGGGAAAAUCCACAGACAUAAUGACUCGUCGAUUCCCUGGAAAAUUUGGGAAGACAUGGGAAGUGGGGGGGAAUACGCAAACCCAGCGAAUAAUCGAAAAUAUUGGACAUCCUUGCAUUUGUGUCUAUUUCUUUGUGUGUCCCUGGGCUCCUUUGAGAGGGGGGGCAGCCGCGCUUCGCGCUCUGGUUCCGCGCGGCCGCUCCUCCCUGGGGUCGCCAGAGGUCCCCCGAUGCCCCAGUGGAGUUCCUGGCUGGAGGCCCCCAGAUGCUCCAGAAGAUUCCCGGAGGUCCCCAGAAGUCCCUGGAUCCAGACCCCUCGAGCAAUGAAAAAAUCACGACGGGAGGUUUUUCGCCAUUUUCGGCCUGGGGGCCCUCGCUGGGCCUCGGGACCGUCAAAAAACGACUCAGGACGAACAACCGGUCCCGGGGGAAGGGUCGGGACUUCCAGGGACGCCGUCCUGAACAAAAUCAGGACGUCGCAUGUCUGGGUCUGGACCCUCCUUGGGCGACGCAAGGAAGCGGGGUCGUCUGCACUGACACUGGCGCGUAAGCUGCCCGCGUAA